GAGCCGUGGGCGUAUUUGGUAUCAGAGAGGACUUUGAAACUGGUUCCUUCUAGGAGUUGAUUCUAAUUUUUAUUUUGACAGAUUCGGGAGGCAGCAGAUGCCCCAUUCUCGAGCUUUCCUUAACUCCAGUCGAUUGGUAGCAUGAUUUGAGUGAGAGCUUUUUAGUGAAGCUACUGAGUUAGGAUAGGUCAUGGGAUGGAUGAAGCUGCCAGAGGAAAAAGAAAUGGGCAUUCGGAGCAGGGAAGUGGAUCCCGGAUGAGGGGGUCAAGAUGAUCUGCUAGUUCGAUUUACAGGUUUUACUGUACUAGAUACCGUACCCAAACUCUUUAAGCUUGACGUCUUACUCGUGCGACGUCCGGACUUCUUUACAUAACCUUUAUGGUAAACUUUACAUAAGCGGGGAAGCCGAGAAGAUUCUGCAAAGCUCCAGGCCCCACACUGCGGGUUUUCCUCCAUCAGCUAUGAAGCAAGUGAGGAUAGAGAUGCAUGGGCAUGGGGGCUAUGACUCUGAUUUUAGUGAUGAUGAGCAAGGUGGAGGAUCCAGCAAAAAGAGGAAGAAGACAGUUGAAGAUGAGUUGCUGCUUACAAAACCAUUUCAAAAAGAAAAAUAUGGAAAGGUGGCCCAUAAACAAGUUGCUGCAGACUUGCUGGACAGGGAAGAAGCAAGAAAUAGAAGGUUUCAUCUCAUAGCUAUGGAUGCUUAUCAAAGACACACAAAGUUUGUAAAUGACUAUAUUUUGUACUAUGGUGGCAAAAGAGAGGACUUUAAGCGGUUGGGGGAGAAUGAUAAGACAGAUCUGGAUGUUAUACGAGAAAAUCACAGAUUCCUAUGGAAUGAGGAGGAUGAAGCAGACAUGACUUGGGAGAAGAGACUUGCAAAGAAAUACUAUGAUAAAUUAUUCAAGGAAUAUUGCAUAGCUGAUCUCAGUAGAUACAAAGAAAAUAAGUUUGGAUUUAGGUGGCGAAUAGAAAAAGAAGUAAUUUCAGGAAAAGGCCAGUUUUUUUGUGGGAAUAAGUGUUGUGAUGAAAAAGAAGGUUUGAAGAGCUGGGAAGUCAACUUUGGUUAUACUGAGCAUGGUGAAAAGAGAAAUGCGCUUGUUAAAUUAAGAUUAUGCCAAGAAUGUUCCUUUAAAUUAAAUUUUCAUCACAGGAGAAAAGAAAUCAAGUCCACAAAAAAAAGGUCUAAAACCAAGACUGAGUCUGACGAGUCACCUCAUAAGAACUCCAGAUCAUCAUCUUCAGAGGAGGCCUCCCAGGGGAAGGAUAAAGGACAUUCAUCCUCGAAAAGGUCAGAAGAUUCUAGAAACACAGGAAACGCUGAUGAGGAAGACAGUGCUUCAGACUCUGAGCUCUGGAAGGGUCCACUGCCAGAGACAGAUGAAAAGUCACAGGAAGAAGAAUUUGAUGAUUAUUUUCAGGAUUUGUUUCUGUGACCUGGGAGAGAGAACCUUAUUUAUUCCUUGGUGAGGAAACGUACGCAGACACUCAGUGACCGUGUCCAUGCUGUUGAGUCCGGACAGCACUGGGACAGAUACUUCAGAGCACGGGACGUUUCAGACAUUUUCUCCUUCCCUGGUGUGGCUUCUCAGUUGCUCAUCUAACACCUGUUUGGGCUCUAGCUCUCUGGCAUAUGACAAACUUGUUUCAAGUGUCAUUGAAUGCGGAGUGAUUUGCUUUAAGCUGUAAAUAAAUUGCUUAGCUUCUUAUUCUAAAAUGUCA